CCACAACCUCCUCCAUCACAUCCCCCGAAUCCAUCGAGCGCCAUCGCCACCAAUCCAUUCACAAUGGUUGCCAUGUACACAAUUGCCGGCCGUCAGGUUGGAUCGCACGUCCUUGCGAUGAUCACCCUCGGCACAACCUUCGGCGGUGCCGCCCUUGCGAUGCGCGGCGGCGACAAGAAGGACACCACAAGCCCACCGAUAAACGCAAAGGACAAGGACGAGGAGAGCUUUGUGCAAAAGUUUAUCAAGACCGAGGAGGACAAGAAGUCAAAAGCAUGA